AUGUUCAGCGGAAACACGGAUGCGUUCGUGACGAGCCCCGUGAAAGUCUGUCCAGUUGGCAGCGUAAAGUUCGACUGCGCCAAACUCGGGACCGGGGUGGGUGUAACGAUCGGGGCCACAGUAGGGACGAGCGUUACGUUGCCGACCGGGCCAGCUGUCGGCACAACGAGCGACGGGCUCCCUGUUGCGUUUGUUGCCGCAGUUGGUCCUGGCACCAAAGUUGGAAGCAGGGUUGCGUUUGGGGCGGCAGUCGAGUUUGGUGUCAAUGUGGGGCUUCCGGUUGCGUUAGUUGGCGCAGUGGGACCUGGCACCAAGGUUGGAAGCAGGGUUGCGUUUGGGGCGACGGUCGUAUUUGGUGUCAAUGUGGGCAGAGGGGUGGUUGCAUUGAAUGCAGGGGUUUCGGUUGGGGGGGGUAACGAUGGAGUCGGGGUUGGGGUACUGGUAACCCCCGGGGUUAGGGUGGCGUUUGGGGUUGGCAGCGGUGCCAUUUCAGACGGGGUGGGUAGAGGCGUUCCACUCGGAGACGGUGUUCCGGUGGUGGCAGGGGUUUCCGUUGGGGUUGGAGUCUCCGUUGGAGCAGGGGUUCCGGUCGUUGGAGCUGGCGUUCCGCUCGCUGAGGGUGUCUCAGUAGGAGCGGAGCUUUCGGUUGGGGAAGGCGUGCCCGUCGGUGGAGUAGUUCCCGUCGGAGAAGGGCUUCCGCUCGACGGAGGCGUUCCGGUCGGGGAGGGAGUUUCGCUUGGAGUAGAGGUUUCGGUAGGAGGAGGCGUUCCGGUCAGGGAAGGCGUUUCGGUAGGGAAAGGAGUUCCGUCGGGAGCAGAGGUUUCGGUAGGAGAAGGCGUUCCGGUCGGCGAGGAACUUCCGCCGGGAGAAGCCGUUUCCGUUGGGGUAGGGGACGUUCCGGGGGUCGAGCCCGAAGUCGGGGCUUCUGAGGGGUUGCUCGAUGCAGAACCUCCGGGCGUUGCUGAGGGGGUCGUGGGGGCUUCCGUCGGAGUUGGGCCAGAACCACCGGCCGUUUGCGAAGGGGUUGGGGCUUCUGUUGGGGUGCUUGAGCUAGACCCACUGGCCGAUUGUGAAGGGGUGGGAGCAGAAGUAGUGGGGGCUUCUGAGGGAGUGCUCGAAGGAGUCGGGCCUUCGGUGGGGUUGCCCGGGCUAGAACCACCGGCCGUUUGUGAAGGGGUUGGGGCAGGAGUGGGGGUUUCUGUUGGACUGCUCGGCGCGGAACCACCGGCCGCUUGUGAAGGGCUGGGGGCCUCUAUCGGGGUGCUCGGAGGAGAACCACCGGCCGUUUGCGAGGGGGUGGGGGUUUCUGUGGGGUUGCUCGGAGCAGUCCCACCGGGCGGUCCUGGAGGAGUUGGACCCGACGUCGGUGCUCCUGUAGAAGUGCUCGGCGCAGAACCGCCGGCCGUUUGCGAAGGGGUUGGGGCUUCUGAGGGAGUGCUCGGCACAGUAACACCGGGCAGUUGGGAAGGGGUUAAGUUCGAAGUUGGAGCGGGCGUCGGAAGCUCGGUAGGUGGGUUCGGGUCGGAAGUGCCGGGGCUCCCCGUUGUAGAAACAGGUCCCCCGGAAGAGGAGGUCGGUGGGAGAGUGGAGGGAGUCGGUGUUGAGGUCUCGGAAGGAGGGUUUGAGGUUGGGUUUGGUACGAGAUUUUGGGUUGGCGAAGGCGUGGUUGACCCGGUGAUUGCGCUUACUGACACCGUGCCCUGGGGGGGAGUUGAGACGGGUUUGGAAGCAGUUGGGGUCGGGGUUAAGGUGGGGGUCUCCGUCGGGUUUGGCGUGGUCGGCGAGGGAAUUUGCGAGGGGUUAGGUGUUGCCAAAGGGGAGGUUUCGGACGGCGUCGGUGAUGGGGUUGAGGUCGGGUUAGCUGGAGUUAGAGUCGGGGUUAGAGAAGGAGACGAGGAACCCGAAGUGGACGAGGGAACUGGUGAAGGGAGACCGGUCGAGACUGGGGGAGCAAUCGGGGUUAACGUCGACGGGUUUGGCGUGAUUAUUGGGGGACUAGAGGAACUUUCAGGUAAGGAAGAAGAAGUGGGGUUUGAAGAAGAGGGCAACGGAGUUUCGGUUGACGGACUGGGAGGAGUUUCGGUCGGAAGAGGGAUGGGUAUAUCUGUAGGUGAGGAGGAAGAAGUAGGAUUUGGAGAAGAGGGCAACGGAGUUUCGGUAGGUGAACUGGAAGGAGUUUCAGUCGGAAGAGGGGUGGUAACAUUUGUAACGGUUGGCGUUGGCAGCGGGUUGGAAAGCGCAGGAGCUAGGGAAGGCGUAAGGGGGGGGGUUAAGGAAGGAGUCGCUGUCGGAGAGACGGAGUCGGUCGGAGAGGGGGUUUCUGUUGCUGUUGGGUUAGGGGUUGAGGUCACUGCGGGCGUCGUUUCAGAUGGCGAAGGCAACGGAGUCGCAAUUGGAGUAGAAACGGGGGUAGUAGUUAGAUUCGGUGUGUUGGAAGGACUGGGAGUGGAUUCUGUGGGGCUCGGACCCAGGCUUACGGUUAGGUUAAGAGACAAACCUUCGGAGGGGGUCGGAGACGGAGUGUUGCUGGAAGUUGGCGUGGGGGUGGUUUCUGAAGGGGCGGGGGAGGGGAUGAAAGUAAUAUUUGAAAUGACGGUUGGAAUGGGGGUUACGGUCAAGAUUGGACCAGCAGAAGGAGGGAGUGUUGCGAAGUUGGUAGAGCUUGGAACAGUCUCCGAGGGGGUCGGCAAAGGCGUUCCGGUUGGCGGGACGGUAGGGGUUGGGGUUUCUGAAGGGGUCGGGGAGGGAGAAGAGAAAGCAAUUUCGGAGGGGGUUGGGGAGGGGGAAGAAGAAGCAGUUUCGGAAGGGGUUGGGGAGGGGGAAGAAGAAGCAGUUUCGGAAGGGGUUGGGGAAGGGGAAGAGAAAGCAGUUCCUGAGGGCGUUGGGGAGGGGGAAGAGAAAGCAGUUUCGGAGGGGGUUGGAGAUGGCGUGUUUGCUGACGUCACGCUGGGGGUAGGAGUAGUUGUGGGAAGAGUGUCCGUCGGAAGGGGAAGCGAAGUUGGGUUUGGAGUGUCGCUUGGCGGGGAGGUCGGAGGCUGA